AUGGCUCAGCACGACAAAGACCCGCUGCUCUACCGCCUCUCGUCGCCCGUUCAAGUCCCGGACGACGCGCUGACAAAGCUCGCCCUUAGGCUGGAGGCCGCCACCUCCCGAUUGGAGGACAUUGCCUCGUCCACUUUCGAGAAGCCCUCCGCCCUCGAUGCUGCCCCCGGUGCGCAAAGUAUCGCCGCUGCUCAAGCUCCCGCCCGAGCUUCUGCGCCGCCCGCGGCUCCUGGCGCGCCGCCCGCGCCCUCCAAGGCCGACGUCCCUCCCAUGCUUGCAGCCUUCGACGCGCUCCUGGACAAUGAGCUGAAGCAUUUCGUGGACCUGAGCAAGCAGCUCGGCGGGCCUAUCGCGGAGCAGGCAUCAGCGCUCUCCGACGCCUUCGCCGCCCAGCGUCAGUUCCUCCAGGUCACGACGCUUGCGAAAAAGCCCGAUAUGUCUUCUCCGGUCUUCCUGGAGGUUCUGAAGGACCUGCAGGGCGCAAUUGAGCGAGUCGACCAGGUCAAGCAAAUUACGAGGGAUCCGGAGAUCAAGAACCACUUGACCAUGGUCGGCGACGGUGUUGGCGUACUCGGAUGGGUCACCAUGGACUCGAAGCCUGGCGAUGUUGCCGGUGAGCUUUUCGGAGGUGCGCAGAUGUACGGCAACAAGGUGUUGAAGGAUUACAAGGACAAGGACCGUUCUCACGUCGAAUGGGUCCAAUCUUUCUACGCGCUCUUCAAAGCCCUUGUUCUCUACAUCAAGAACAACCACACCAAGGGCGUCCAGUGGAACGCGAGUGGCAUCGAUGCCUCCGAAGCAAUUCGUCAGGUCAAAUCGGAAGGCACCAAUGGCGCUCCAGCAGCGCCCGCACCGCCCGCUGGUGGUGCUCCCCCGCCCCCUCCUCCGCCGCCGCUUCCUACGUUCGAUAACAUUCCUCCUCCGCCGGGCCCGGCACCAGCUGGCAAGGGUUCUGGUGGCGCCGACAUGGGAGCCGUCUUUGAGCAGCUUAACAGGGGAGAGGCAGUUACUUCUGGUCUACGAAAGGUCGAUCCCAGCCAGAUGACGCACAAGAACCCGAAUUUGCGCGCAAACUCGACUGUCCCCGACCGCAAGGACAGCAUUGGCUCUAGGGGCAAGUCACCCGCUCCGGGUAAGAAGCCCAAGCCGGAAAGUAUGCGUACGAAGAAGCCGCCGAAGAUGGAGCUUGAUGGCAACAAGUGGAUUAUCGAAAACUACGAGGAGCAUCCCGAGCCGUUGGUGAUUGAGGCCACCAUCGUCCAGUCCAUCCUCAUCACGAAGUGCAAGAAGACCACGAUCCAGAUCAAGGGCAAGGCCAACGCUAUCUCCAUCGAUAACAGCCCUCGCGCCUCAAUCGUUCUGGACUCGCUUGUCUCGUCAAUUGAUAUCAUCAAAUGUCCCAACUUCGCGCUGCAGGUGCUCGGCACUUUGCCCACGAUCCUUCUUGACCAGGUUGAUAGCGCCGCCAUUUACCUUGGCCCGGAGAGCUUAGGCACCGAAAUCAUCAGCAGCAAGUGCUCCAGCAUCAACAUCAACCUCCCGCCCGCGGGUGAGGAAGAAGAUUACACGGAGCAUCCUGUGCCCGAGCAGUUCAAGACUUACGUCAAGGAUGGCAAGUUGGUCAGCGAGAUUGUGGAGCACGCCGGUUAG